AUGAAGUUCAUCCUACGCACCAACCCCAGCGACUCGGAAUGGGCAGCCCAGCUGCCUCGUAUCUGCGACCUGUAUCGACGGGAGGGCCGGUCCCUCGAAGAGACGCGCAUUCUGAUGAAGAACGAGAGCGGGUUCUGUCCACCCGCCUCCAAGUAUCGCCGGAGGAUCAAUCGGAUGGUGAAAUCGUUUGAACGCCUGCCUGUCCAGGUCCUGGAGGCCAUGGACAUCGUCGUCAGCACGAACGGGGCAGGGCCGCUGGGCACCCAUUUCGUCCUGGUGUGGGAUGGCUCGGUCAUGCAGGCGAGCCAGCUGCCCAAACGACCUGCAUUGGAUGACCGAGAUCGCCGGUUCGACGACAUGUGGCUUCAGCGGGCAUAUAGAAUGCUGGGCCAUGUCGGCAUCUACACGUGGGUUAGGCAGAGCCCUCGUCUUGCCCCCAGCUGCAAGCCGCGACCGAUGCCACCACCCCAACGCUGCAACUUGGAGCAGGCAGCGCACCAUUUCAAGGCCGACGUAGAACUGGAAGCGUGCGCCGUCAAGUCGUCCGCAGGGUCGAUCAUGCUGCCUCCCCUAUCGAGAAGCCACCAACAGCGCCGCACGGUCGUCUCCUGCGCCGCUCCCUACCUGUUGCAACCGACCGGCACCCAGACCUCACCACCAUCAUCAUCACCACCAGCAGCGGGCGCCGCAGCAGCAGCCUCGCAGCUCGAGAAGCUGCUGACUCAGACCCCACCCAACGAAUACAUCCUCACAUUCCUGCACUGGGCCAGCAUGAGCUUCGCCUCAGACCCAGCCGACGCCCAGCGCCUCGAACACUACCUCUCAACCUGCUGCAACAUCCUCAACACCGCCCCACCCACCAACCCACCCAACCCGCUCGCCGCCCCCUUCAACUACCUGCACGCCCGCCUGCGUCACGACCCGAUCGCCACAGAACUGCACUUCUCACUCAUGACCCGCGUCAGCGACUCCCUGCACUACCAUCACCACCAUGACCCCCAUCACCCCCAUCGCGCCGCCACAGAGCCAAGCAUGCUCGUCAUCGACUUCUACCGAGGCUGGCACCUCUCGAGCGAGGGGCCGCGCGUCGGCGACGCCCUGGCGGUCCUGACGGCGUGCCUGGCGGGGCUGGAGUCGCGGGUCGGCGCGCACGCGCUCAUCACGGUCAACUGUUUGGCCGUUCUGGGGAAAGGGUACGCGUCGCAGGGACACUAUGGCGUGGCUAGGGCCAUGUAUGAGAAGGCUUUGGGGCGGCUGCCUCCUACUGAUGGUGGUAGUGGUGCCGGUGGUGUUGGUGUUCCUGCUGGUGUUGGGUCGGACGGCCUGCGGCGCGGGAUCAUGGAGGGCGUGGCGAUGGUGGAGAAGUUACAGGGUAUGAAGGUGGGUGGGCAGGUACAGUUGAGGUAG